UAAACUUUAGGUAGAUACGAGCGCGUAGAAUUUUUAAAAUGUUUAUGCCUAGGAUUACAAAAAAAUAUAAGUGUAAGUUGUCGAGGUAAAAGCAAAGGUAAAGGUGUUGUGGCAUAUCAAACUCGGGACUGUCUAAAGAUUUGAUAAAAAUACGAACAAAGAGGAAUCUUAAUUUAGUUUCAGACAUUUUACCGUAGGACAUUCUUGAACCUAUGUAAAGAUGUUAGUGAUGAUGUUUACCCUGUAUUUGAUUACCCAGUUAACACCUGCAUACUCUUCCGUUCUCCCACUUCAAUAUUCAAACCAAGUUUACUCAGAUUUAAACAGGUCAGCUCGGGAUAUUACAACUAACUGUGGUCCAAAUGAUAUUCCUCCCGUUAACAGGGUGAACACCACGGAUCGGUUGAAGGAGUUGAGGGAGGAGAUGAUCAUGUCAAACCUGGAUGCUUACAUAGUUCCCCUGGAUGAAGAAAUGAGGCUUGAAUGGAUUUCAGGGUUUUCAGGCAGUAAUGGUCAGGCUGCUGUUACCCUUACAGAAGCAAGACUGUGGACGGAUGGAAGAUAUUUUGUACAAGCAGCAGAUCAACUAGAUUGCAACUGGUAUCUAAUGAAAAUGGAUGAAGGUGUUCCAGAAAUACAGGUCUGGCUUUCAGACGUCUUCAGUGGUGCCAAUAAGAGUAUUGUAGUUGGAGCGGAUCCAGUGUUAGCUGGGGCUGGAGAAUGGUUGGAUUGGGAGAACGUUUUGAAAAAAGAAGAUAUACAGUUGAUGAAAUCCAAGAACCUUAUUGAUAAUAUCUGGACAGCUGAAAAUGGAAGGCCUCCUCCAGCUGCUAAGGAAAUUGUGGUUCAUGAUGUGUUGUGGGCUGGAGAAUCAUGGACCUCCAAGGUGGAGAGGUUGAGAACUAAACUGGGAGAGGAGAAAAGGUUUGGGAUGAUAUUAACAGAGCUUGAUGAGAUUGCCUGGCUCUUUAAUCUCCGUGGAGAAGGUAGCUCAAAUCUUGAAGGUCUAUUCAAUUCUCCUCUGUUUGAAAGUAUGGCCGUUGUAACACUUGAUGAAAUCAUUCUAUGGGUUCAUUUGGAAAAAGUUUCUGAUGAGGUCAAAGGUGCGCUGAACUCUGCGGAUUGUGGGUCAACCUCUACCUGUGUCAAUAUCCUAGAUAUAGAGAACAGUCUUGAGACAUUAUCCAACUGGACAUUGAAUCUGGAUCCUGAUUCCAAGAUUCUGGUGAGCAGUCCUUCCUCCUACCUUUCAGGGGUAAACUUUGCAGUCUACAGUAUUUUACCAGAACAGAACAGAGAUAUGUCUGAGUCUCCUGUGCUUAAUAUGAAAAGCAUAAAAAAUAAGGUAGAAGAGGAUGGUAUGAUGAAUGCGCAUGUAAAAGACGCUCUGGCGCUCUGCGAAUGGGCCUCAAGAAUAGAAAAAGAUAUUCAGGAUUCUCGUUACAACUGGACUGAGAUCUCUGCUGCAACUCUGCUGGAAGAGUUUAGAAGAAGUCAAGAGGAUAGUAGAGGGUUGAGCUUUACAACAAUAUCUGGAUUCGGUUCUAAUGGAGCCAUUAUACACUACUCACCAUCUCCUCAAACUGAUAAAAAUAUUGAUAGUUCCAACCUUUACCUUGUGGAUAGUGGAGGCCAAUACCUGGAUGGAACUACAGACGUUACUAGAACAUUCCAUUAUGGAACACCCAGCCAGGAACAGAUAGAACGUUACACUGAUGUACUCCGUGGAGCAAUACAGCUGGCUCUAUCCAGACUACCGGAGAAUACAGUUGAUACAGGGAUUGAUCUAGUCACUAGGCAGUAUCUAUUCAGGAAAGGGUUGAAUUAUAACCACGGCACAGGGCACGGUAUUGGAGCAUAUUUAAAGGUUCAUGAGGGUCCUACUCUUAUAAACCUGAAGGGAAAGAAAUCUUCUGGACUUAAACCUGGAAUGUUUUUCUCUGAUGAACCAGGAUACUAUAAGACUGGCGAGUAUGGGAUUCGGUUGGAAACUAUUCUAAAAGUUGUUCCCAUGGACCUGGAUAACGAAGAUUAUGGUCGAUUUAUCAUAUUUGAGCCGGUGACCUUGGUUCCGUUCGAACCCAAAUUGAUUAAUUUCUCCGCUCUGAGCUCCGAGGAAAUCAGCUGGUUAAAUAAUUACAAUCAACUUAUUCGACAACAUGUCGCUUCCAGAUUUGAAAGAGAUGGUAAGAUAGAAGCACUGGAUUGGGUUCAAAGCAGAACUGAGCACAUUGAUGUCUAACAAGAAAUAAAUACGAUAAACCACAAAGGAUGAGACUGUAAAGACGACUUGAAAUAUGAAUCUACUAAGCUCAAUUUUGUCGUCUGCAUUGAAUGUAGUCUUUUAUUGGUUCAUUUAAGAUUUUGAAUAGGAAAAGAUAAGUUUACAGUUGCAGAGAAUCAUGAAUAUAAAGAAACGGACAAAAUAGAUUACGUAAAUUCAUCUCUAAAGUCUCAUGUUUUUUUGGUAACACUGUAUAUACAGUGCAAAUCAGAAAGCAGUGGAAUAUUCUCGUUCUCUUAUUUUUCUUUCAGUUUCUAGGAAUUUUGUAAUUUGCAACAGAAUCAAUAAAAAGUGCAAAAAUA